UCGGUGCAGUCAAUAAAUGGCGUCGGUGGCGGGAAGGUUGAGUUCGUCGUGCUCCGAGCCUUCGGGGCGAUGAGUAGUGACUUCCAUAGGACCGAGUCUGGGACUGAGCUCCUUGCCCGACUUGAAGGUAGAAGUUCCUUGAAAGAAAUAGAACCAAAUCUGUUUCCUGAUGAAGAUUCACCUGUGCAUGGUCAUAUUGUUGAAUUUCAUGGUCCAGAAGGAACAGGAAAAACAGAAAUGCUUUACCAUUUAACAGCACGAUGUAUACUUCCAAAGUCAGAAGGCGGGCUGGAAGUAGAAGUCUCAUUUAUUGACACAGAUCACCAUUUUGAUAUGCUUCGACUUGUCACAGUUCUUGAGCAUAGACUGUCUGAAAGCUCUGAAGAAGUCAUAAAAUGCUGCCUUGGAAGAUUUUUUUUGGCAUAUUGCAGUAGUAGCACACACUUACUUCUUACACUUUAUUCACUAGAAACCUUGUUUUGUAGUCAUCCCUCUCUCUGCCUUUUGAUUGUGGAUAGCCUAUCAGCCUUCUACUGGAUAGACCGUGUCAAUGGAGGAGAGAGCAUUAACUUACAGGAGUCUACUCUAAAGAAAUGUUCUCAAUUCUUAGAGAAACUUGUAAAUGAGUAUCGCUUGGUUCUUGUUGCAACAACACAAACUUUAAUGCAGAAAACCUCUAGCUCACCAGAAGGGCCUUUUGCCUUUAGACGCCCAUGUGAUGUGGAUGUAGACUAUAGACCCUACCUCUGUAAGGCAUGGCAGCAAGUGGUAAAGCACAGAAUAUUUUUCUCCAAACAAGAUGAUUCUAACAGCAGCAACCAAUUUUCAGUACUUUCACGUCGUUUAAAAAGUAACAAUUUACAAAAACAUGUUUUUAUUAUUGGAGAGAGUGGGGUCAAGUUUUGUUGAUAUACAUCAUAAAUUAGUCUUUUACAGGAUAUUAUGCUAAUCUUUAAAGGUUUCUUUAAGGUAAAGUGAUUUGAUUGUAAAGUUUUAAACUCUAGAAAAACAACAGCAUUUCUGUAUAGAAUGGAUUUCUGUAUGGAAUGGAUUUCUUUAUGGAAUGGAUUUCUUAAACUAGCACAGUAAAACUCACACUGUUUUGUUUCUAGGAUGUGGAAGAUAAAGUGAUAUUCACAAUUAAACUUUGCAUUAAACUAAAAAAAACUAACAUAUACCUGUAUCAACCUAAAUAAAGUAGACUUUUGUAACUUUGUUACAUUUUGGGAAUUCAGGUAAGCAUUUGUUUAGGAAAGUUUAAAUGCAUUUCUAAUCUGUUAUGUAAUUCCUGGGAAUUUGUAAAAUUUCUGUAGACCUGUUUUUUCUGUAUCCCAAGGGCUGAAAACAAGGAUCUACCUACUCAUCUGUCUUUCACACCAAAAACUGUAGAAUGCAGAGCAUUUUGAUCUGAGUUAUUUGAAUUUCAAGAUGGAGUUGCAUCAUGGCUGAGUUUCUAUAUAAUUUUUAAAAUGCAGGGAAAUAAGAAACAAAGAAUUCCAUGAAGUUUGUUUUGAAAUAUUCCUCCUCCCCCCAUUAAGUGCCAGAUAGAUGCUGAAACUAUCCUAGUUGCCUCUAUUUUCUUACCUAUUUAGAAUGUUCAGACAUACCUUGACAUGAACCUGGGUGGUGGUAGGGAGGAUGGGGGGCAUGUACCUCGAGGGGUGUACAGGGUAAUGGUUGUAGUGGAGAAAGGAAGUUUUAGGAAUUCUAUUUAUACAUUUUAAUACAGGAAAAGAUUAAAUUAUUUCAAUAUUUUAUAGUCAGAUUGACCCCAACCUUCCUCUUCAAUCUAUGUCACAAAUUCAUGUCACAUAAUGUAUCUGAGUUACUUUGUAGUGAAAGUAGAAGAGAUUUAUAGUACAAGGUGUCCCGAAGGUCAUCAUACCCAGGGAAAAUGGAAAAUUGUAACUAAAUGUACCUUUAUUUACAAAAUAUCCAUUACAAAAUUGUACAAAAUAUUCUCUACAUCUUGGUCACCUCUUCUUAGAAUUUUGUAACGAAUAUUUUAUAAAGUUAUAUUUAGCUACAAUUUUCAACAUUUCCUAUGUAUGGAGACUUUAGGGGCAGCUUUUGGGACAACCUGUAGUGUUCUUACUAGUUUCCUCAUUUACAUGUUACCUAUUCAGUUAGAACUAUUGAACUGUAAAUUCACUUACCUAACAAUGGUGUUUUUAAGGAUUUAAAAAGAAUCCUGCUUAAAAACUAAGA